GUGCAAGUGCCCCUUUGAACGUACGCUGUCAGACUUGGAAAGAAUUAGGAGUAAUUGCCCUUUGCGUGGCCGCUGGUGUUUUACAGUUCAUGAUGGGUGGACUCUGUCUAGGUGUCAUUCCAAGUUUUUAUUUUGUUGCUGGCAAACAUGGUAUAAUAGAUCACGUGUUUUCCCCUGCUUUUAUUAAAAAUGACAGUUAUGAGUUGUUUGGAUGAUCUGAAUUUAGUUGAGGAGGCUAAAACUAAAUUCCAGGUAUGCGCUCCAUUGUUGAGUUGAAAAUUCAAACAAGUAGUAGUCCAAAAACACUUACAAUGGGGAAUGUGCACUGUGCGGCUCAGAUAAGUCAUAUGUUAACCAGCAUUUCUGAUGAAGAGCUAAAACCCUGACGUGCAAGGGUGUCUCCAAAGAAAGAACCAUUGUUUGAGGAGGUUUCUGCUAACUGGGGUGCAAAGGAUUAAGAAAUCCUGCAAUAAGCUGAUACGACUGGAAUGCAUUUUGAUGGUUUUUGGCAGGUCAGCUUGUUAGAAGUGGCUGGUGUUUUGUUUAGAUAAAGAGGAGAGGAACUUGUUGUUUGUAAUCCAUAACAUUAAUUUUUAGAGUGUUGACAUGAGAUAAAGCAAACGGUGAUAGAAUAUUCCAGUGAUGUAAAUACUAAUGGAAUUAUGUUAGGUAAUACAGCAUAAGUAUCUGGAGUUAGCUGUGGGAUUACAUGUGCCGUAUGGAGCUCAUUAAUGAAGGUGUAAAUUACCUUCCCUGAAUAAAGCUGUGCUGAAGUGGCUUUUCAGAGCUCUCCCCAAGGUGGCACCACGAGGCCUGCUGUGCCUUUUGUCUCCCAAUGAGCUGCCGUUGCGAAUGUGAAUGCUAGCCUUGUUAAGACUAGCUUUGCUUUUUGUGGCAAAGAAUAUGAGCUCAUGUUCUUUUGGAUUUGUGCAAACACACGUCUCUAGAACAGCUUUAUCUAUGCAUAUGUAGCAAAAGGCAUAUAAUGAAUUCACCAAGCUAGCAACUUGAAAUAAUUUUAAAAAAAUAGGGGUUUACUGAACAGGUAUCUUGGGGUAAAGGAGGUUUAGGAAUCAGUAAAUAUUCCACCCCCUUCCUGUAGUUCAUGGCUUGUGAGAGAGGAAAAUAUGCUGACCCCUUCAAAAGCAAAACUUUGACUAUCAGAAGAUGAAUGAUUUAAAAUUUAUUAUACAGUACAGCAAUGAGGCCCAGUGUACUUCUUUGUCACUCUUGGUGCGGUGUUUUCCUCAUUCUGUAUCUUUUACUGAGCAAAACUAUCAGUAGCAGAAUACCUGUUGCAGAGCUCUGCAAUAGUAAGAGAGUAACAGGAGGUUACAUGGAGUUGCAGAAGUCAAAUUGUAAGGAAGUCAGCAAUAUUUUUUUGCAGGACUGUGGUAGUUUGGACGUGUGGCUCUGGACGGUGGAAGCUUUUUUGAUAGGAGUGUUUCUUGUGAUCUGUGUAAAGUGUUUCCAGGAGUUUUUGACUGGCAUCAGCCUUGAUUUGGCGAUAAAUUUCUACUUCCUGGGCAAAAUAGAGGUUUCCAUGAUGUUUACCCAGUGCACCCGGAAGUGUGCAAGCUCCGUGCUCCUGAUUGUGCUGCUGUGCUGCAUCCUUUCUCCUCCAGCACAAGCCAGCAAGAGCUCGGAGGACAUCCGCUGCAAGUGCAUCUGUCCCCCGUACCGGAACAUCAGUGGGCACAUUUACAACAAGAAUGUGUCGCAGAAGGACUGCAACUGCCUGCAUGUUGUGGAGCCAAUGCCGGUGCCAGGGAAUGAUGUGGAGGCCUACUGCCUGCUAUGUGAAUGCAAGUAUGAGGAGCGCAGCACCACCACCAUCAAGGUGAUCAUCAUCAUUUACUUGUCUGUGGUGGGGGCACUGCUGCUUUACAUGGCUUUCCUUGUGCUGGUGGACCCCCUGAUCCGGAAGCCAGAUGCUUAUACCCAGCCCCUGCACAAUGAGGAGGAGAAUGAGGAUGCUCGCUCCUUGGCCCCAGCCCCCACCCCAUCUGGUGCUAGAGCCAACACAGUGCUGGAGAGGGUGGAGGGGGCCCAGCAGCGCUGGAAGCGCCAGGUGCAGGAGCAGAGGAAGACCGUUUUUGACCGCCACAAGAUGCUGAGCUAGAUCUUUGCUGAGCUAUGCAGCACCACUUCCCAAGAGACAAGGUAGCUCCGCUGGUCGAGACGGACAGCAAGCCAUCCUUCAGGACAUCCCUGGUGUUUGACUAAAAGCUCUAACCCUCUCUGAUUUACCGUCUUCAUAGAGAGAAGCAGACCAAAACGCUUGCCUCUGGUUUUGUCCCCUUGCCCUUUACCUCUUAGCCCAGAGGCUCCUUAACCCUUGCCCGGCUGAGAUCUGUGCUGAUCGUUAGCCCCGUGGCUGCAUGUAAAUGGUCGGUCGUAUGCAGUGCUGCCGCCCGGGUUCACGCGCUGACUCGAGCGGGGGCUGCAGCUCCAGCACGCUGUGCUCGGCUGGACCCUGCAGGCACCACUUGCUAGGACUGAAGUCUCCGUCAGCCCACCCCCACAUCAGAGACAGGGGUCUCAGUACAGAGUGUUGGAAGCUGGCUGAGUCUUUCUGAGAUGAAAAUAGUGGGAUAAUUUUUAUGUGGGAUAAAUUAUGUGCCACUCCUCCAGGAUGAAGAAGCCUUCUCCUCCUCCAGUUUGCACCGAUGUUAAGCAGGUGUUGUGGUGCUGAAACAAGUGUAUUGCACUAGAAGGAAGAGGAGGGGGUUCCCUGCCAGUGGUCAGCUGCUGCUUGCACUUACCCUGGUGUAAACAGAGUGGAUUUCCACUCUCUUCAGUGGAAUCUGUCCAGAUUUACACCAGCAUAACUGAGAUUGCAGCUUGUUUCUGCGUAGGUGAAUAUCACAAAACUGAUCAGUACAUUCACAAGUAAAAGACCAACAACAGGUAAAAGGUUGAUUUAAGUUUAUAUCUUUUCCUGCUUUAGCAGUGGAUAAAAACAUACUGGGGAGAAAGCUUUCUGUUUGUACCCAUGCUGGUGAGCCUUGAUACUCUCACAGUGUGCUCAGGAGCAUUUGUGUCCCAGAGAACUGGGGCAAAGGCUCUACUGGAGCACUGUAAACACUUGUCUGGGACUUGGGGCCCUGGAAAGGGGACACUUGUGCUACUCAAAACACUCCCAGAGGUCUGACUGUACUUGGGCUGUGUGGAGGAAACUGAGGUGAUUCUGCAAUGUGUAUAUUUAUAAUGUCAGGGAAGUGCUAGAGUUUAUCAUGUAGCAUCUCUCUGUAUUAAAUGCAGACAAAGAUCUA